GGCGUCCAUGAGAAGAGGGUGGCAUAAGAUCCAGAGGGACGGAGUUGGUUGGUCCAGACGCUUUGGUAGAAGAAAUCAAGCCUUGCUGUUCGUCAAAGGUAUCGAAUCCAGUUUGUUCAGCACCAUAGGAACAUAAUGGCAAUUUCCUUGAAGAACGUUGGGUUCCUCUUCGUAGAAGAUAAUGACUGCAUCAGCCAGGCUCUCAGCAUGCUGAAGGAUGACCUGUUUGGGAUCAAUGUUGAAUUCUGCGAGAAGCUUAUAACUUCCGCACUCGAAACAUACCUGGUGGACAAGAUACUUUCUCUGCCCCAGCGGACUAUAGAACAAACAUACUAUUUACUGUACGAAGCAAUUUCCAAACAUCAAGAAUGUAAAAUGUUGACUGCAGUGACAGACGUCAUAAUGGCCGAUACUGAAACUGUCGUUGCUGCUGAUUCACUGGGAUUCACUCAACAAGAAAAGGUUAAUAUAUUCAAGAUGGCAGCUUCAUUGAUGCAAUUAUCGCAGAUUCCACGUCCAAGAAAGGUAAAAUGUAUCGAAAAACACUUAACAGAACUGUAUAACAACAUAUGGAAGCCUAUAGAGAAGGUUGGAAAGGAGUUCGUUCCUCAGGGCAAGGCAGUUGAAAGUGAUGCCGCUGACCUGUAUAACAACAUCUUGAAGCCUAUGGUGAAGGUUGGAAAGGAGUUCGUUCCUCAGGGCAAGGCAGUUGAAAGUGAUGCCGCUGACCUGUAUAACAACAUCUUGAAGCCUAUGGUGAAGGUUGGAAAGGAGUUCGUUCCUCAGGGCAAGGCAGUUGAAAGUGAUGCCGCUGACCUGUAUAACAACAUCUUGAAGCCUAUGGUGAAGGUUGGAAAGGAGUUCGUUCCUCAGGGCAAGGCAGUUGAAAGUGAUGCCGCUGACCUGUAUAACAACAUCUUGAAGCCUAUGGUGAAGGUUGGAAAGGAGUUCGUUCCUCAGGGCAAGGCAGUUGAAAGUGAUGCCGCUGACCUGUAUAACAACAUCUUGAAGCCUAUGGUGAAGGUUGGAAAGGAGUUCGUUCCUCAGGGCAAGGCAGUUGAAAGUGAUGCCGCUGACCUGUAUAACAACAUCUUGAAGCCUAUGGUGAAGGUUGGAAAGGAGUUCGUUCCUCAGGGCAAGGCAGUUGAAAGUGAUGCCGCUGACCUGUAUAACAACAUCUUGAAGCCUAUGGUGAAGGUUGGAAAGGAGUUCGUUCCUCAGGGCAAGGCAGUUGAAAGUGAUGCCGCUGACCUGUAUAACAACAUCUUGAAGCCUAUGGUGAAGGUUGGAAAGGAGUUCGUUCCUCAGGGCAAGGCAGUUGAAAGUGAUGCCGCUGACCUGUAUAACAACAUCUUGAAGCCUAUGGUGAAGGUUGGAAAGGAGUUCGUUCCUCAGGGCAAGGCAGUUGAAAGUGAUGCCGCUGACCUGUAUAACAACAUCUUGAAGCCUAUGGUGAAGGUUGGAAAGGAGUUCGUUCCUCAGGGCAAGGCAGUUGAAAGUGAUGCCGCUGACCUGUAUAACAACAUCUUGAAGCCUAUGGUGAAGGUUGGAAAGGAGUUCGUUCCUCAGGGCAAGGCAGUUGAAAGUGAUGCCGCUGACCUGUAUAACAACAUCUUGAAGCCUAUGGUGAAGGUUGGAAAGGAGUUCGUUCCUCAGGGCAAGGCAGUUGAAAGUGAUGCCGCUGACCUGUAUAACAACAUCUUGAAGCCUAUGGUGAAGGUUGGAAAGGAGUUCGUUCCCCAGGGCAAGGCAGUUGAAAGUGAUGCCGCUGACCUGUAUAACAACAUCUUGAAGCCUAUGGUGAAGGUUGGAAAGGAGUUCGUUCCCCAGGGCAAGGCAGUUGAAAGUGAUGCCGCUGACCUGUAUAACAACAUCUUGAAGCCUAUGGUGAAGGUUGGAAAGGAGUUCGUUCCCCAGGGCAAGGCAGUUGAAAGUGAUGCCGCUGACCUGUAUAACAACAUCUUGAAGCCUAUGGUGAAGGUUGGAAAGGAGUUCGUUCCCCAGGGCAAGGCAGUUGAAAGUGAUGCCGCUGACCUGUAUAACAACAUCUUGAAGCCUAUGGUGAAGGUUGGAAAGGAGUUCGUUCCCCAGGGCAAGGCAGUUGAAAGUGAUGCCGCUGACCUGUAUAACAACAUCUUGAAGCCUAUGGUGAAGGUUGGAAAGGAGUUCGUUCCCCAGGGCAAGGCAGUUGAAAGUGAUGCCGCUGACCUGUAUAACAACAUCUUGAAGCCUAUGGUGAAGGUUGGAAAGGAGUUCGUUCCCCAGGGCAAGGCAGUUGAAAGUGAUGCCGCUGACCUGUAUAACAACAUCUUGAAGCCUAUGGUGAAGGUUGGAAAGGAGUUCGUUCCCCAGGGCAAGGCAGUUGAAAGUGAUGCCGCUGACCUGUAUAACAACAUCUUGAAGCCUAUGGUGAAGGUUGGAAAGGAGUUCGUUCCCCAGGGCAAGGCAGUUGAAAGUGAUGCCGCUGACCUGUAUAACAACAUCUUGAAGCCUAUGGUAAAGGUUGGAAAGGAGUUCGUUCCCCAGGGCAAGGCAGUUGAAAGUGAUGCCGCUGACCUGUAUAACAACAUCUUGAAGCCUAUGGUGAAGGUUGGAAAGGAGUUCGUUCCCCAGGGCAAGGCAGUUGAAAGUGAUGCCGCUGACCUGUAUAACAACAUCUUGAAGCCUAUGGUGAAGGUUGGAAAGGAGUUCGUUCCCCAGGGCAAGGCAGUUGAAAGUGAUGCCGCUGACCUGUAUAACAACAUCUUGAAGCCUAUGGUGAAGGUUGGAAAGGAGUUCGUUCCCCAGGGCAAGGCAGUUGAAAAUGAUGCCGCUGACCUGUAUAACAACAUCUUGAAGCCUAUGGUGAAGAUUGGAAAGGAGUUCGUUCCCCAGGGCAAGGCAGUUGAAAGUGAUGCCGCUGACCUGUAUAACAACAUCUUGAAGCCUAUGAUAAAGGUUGGAAAAGACAUCGUUUCCCAGGGCAAGGCAGUUGAAAGUGAUGCCGCUGACCUGUAUAACCACAUCUUGAAGCCUAUGGUGAAGGUUGGAAAGGAGUUCAUUUAUGUGGAGAAAAAUUUCUUUGACCAGGACAUCUACGGUUUGAAGUUCCUCUACUUCAUGGAAGAUAUGCUCAGACUUAUGGGCGCUAUGCAUAUGUACCCUACAUCCAUGUUUAUGAUGUCUUCAGAAGUCAUGAUGCCUGGUUCUGCUUAAAUUUUUAAUAAAUCUUAAAUAUUUCUCAUUACGAUUCAUGUAUACAUGUAGAUCUGUAGUCCAACAGUAAUCAUCAUGGUGUAUUAUAUCCGUUUAUUAGAGUCCUUGUUUCAAUUGAUUGUACAUUGUAAAAAUAUUUUAUGAAAACCAGCAAUUGUUUUACAGCAAUGUAAAUAU